CGGGGCCGGGCCGCCGGAGCUGUUCCGGGGCGCCGGGCAGCCAUGGCGGAUGAGGAGGAGGACGUGCCGUUCGAAGAGGACGCGGAGGACGCCGGCGGGGGCCUGGACGGCGGGCAGGGCAGGAGGAAGAGGCUGUUCUCCAAAGAGCUAAGGUGCAUGAUGUACGGAUUCGGGGAUGACCAGAACCCUUACACAGAAUCAGUGGACAUUCUUGAGGACCUGGUAAUAGAGUUUAUCACUGAAAUGACACACAAGGCCAUGUCCAUCGGGCGGCAGGGUCGGGUGCAGGUUGAGGACAUUGUCUUUCUAAUACGCAAGGACCCCCGGAAGUUUGCCAGAGUUAAAGACCUCCUAACUAUGAAUGAAGAACUGAAACGAGCCAGAAAGGCUUUUGAUGAAGCAAACUAUGGGUCUUGAUUCUGCACACAAGCUGCACUGGGGCAUGAUUUGGGCACCUGCUGCCCAGUAAGGAAGGUCGUACACGUUGUUUGGAAGGGUUUUUCAGGAUGGAGGUCACUGCUGGGAUGUCUGCCCUCACUCCCAGCCUUUGCUGAGAAAUAUUCAAGCAGCUGAAAGGUUACCUGAUUGUAUACUUAGGUAUUUUUAUACCAUUUGAUGAAAUGAAAAAAAGAGCUCUUAAAAAUUCCUGCAGUGGCAGGAGUCUGUUUGAAGUAGGCCUGUGUUGAAUCAGAUGGCUCUAGGGCUAAUGAUUCAUGAGUCUUUAAAUUGUUUCAGUUGUCACUGGGUAUUCUUCUGACAGGAAACCUUGAAAAUGGAUCUUGGUUAUCUGUAGAAAGACCUUAAGCUCAAACUACUAUCAAAGUUGUGCUCUUUGCUCUGUAUAUGCUUUUUGAAUAAAACAUAAGUUUGUGCCCACAUUU